AUGGCUGAAGAGCCGCGAAGUUUCUCGGAGCUGCGCCAUCGAGGAAAGCAAUAUACGUCGCAAGCGUUACGUCGUGGGAAGCAAAAGCCUUUCGGACACGGGCGUCGUGAGAAUAUUGAUAGGAGGGCAUCGGCAAUCCAUGUAACCCGGCAGAAACUGACUGCCGGUGCCUCCCUAUCCGUGGAGAGGCAAAGUUUUGGGCUCAGGUAUAAUAUGCCAGAACCAUAUGCCAUAAAUAUGAAAGAGGCAUUGCGGGAUUGGAUGGGUUCCAAGUAUCAAAUUGGUUUAAGCGGACUUGCUCUGCCUGUUUUGCUGCUUUUGAGCGAAGGACUUUUUGUCCUUGUGGCUCAAGGAAAAGCCAAACGCGCUCAGUACUCUCAUAGUAUCAAGUAUCGAUAA